GUCUCAGUCCCCGCCCCCCACAGGCGCGGCAGCGUGACAUCGCGGCAGGCCUGAUGGCGUCAUCAUCGGACGCCACCACAUCGCCGCCGUCUGCGUGAGCUCGCGCUGCACGCGGUGCCCUUGCUGCAAAGCUGGAUUUGCCCAGGCCUGAGCUGCUACCCUCACCAUGGGGCCGCCCCCCCACUGCCUCUGCACCCUGCUGCUGCUUCUGUGCCCUGCAGGUGCCCCCUUCCGGAUCUGCGCCUUCAACCUGCAGCGCUUCGCUGGCCCCAAAGCUGCCAAAGUCGUCGUCAUGGACACGCUGGUCAAGAUUGUCUCUCGCUGUGACAUCGCGGUGCUGCAGGAGGUGAUGGAUGCCAAGGGGCAGGCCGUGCCCGCACUCAUCAACGCCCUGCACAGGUCCGCAGGCCCCGACUCCUACACGGCCCUGAGCAGCCCACUGCUGGGAGCCGGGAAAUACCAGGAGCGCUACGUCUUCGUGUACCGUUCUGGCAGCACUCAGCUGCUCGAUCCUACGGUACCUGGACGAGAACCCCGCCAGACAGACGCCUUUACCCGUGAACCCUUUGUGGGCGCUUCAGCCUGCCCAGCAAAGUGCUCCCCACCCUGGUGCUUGUCCCCCAGCACUGUGCCCAAGAAGGCAGAGAUGGAGAUCGAUGCGCUCUACGAUGUCUUCCUGGAUGUCCAGGCCCGCUGGGGGACAGAGGACGUCAUGUUUCUUGGGGACUUUAACGCCGACUGCGGUUACGUGGCCAAGAAGCGCUGGGGCCAGAUCCAGCUGCGGAGCGAUCCCAGCUUCCACUGGCUAAUCGCAGACACUGCCGACACAACUGUGCGGAACAGCACGCACUGUGCCUACGACAGGAUCGUGGUGCAUGGGGAGCGCUGCCUGGGGCUGGUGGUGCCCGGCUCAGCCCAGCCCUUCGACUUCCCCAGCACGUUUGGACUCACAGAGAGCAAGGCACUGGAGGUCAGUGACCAUUACCCGGUGGAGGUGCAACUGGAACUGAACGCAGCCUUGAGGGGGCUGGCCGGCCGUACCACAGCUGCUGCCCCUGGCUAUGCUGCUGGCCGGGCUGGUUCUGACCUCCCCACUCAGCGCUGCUGGGCAUAUGGACCUUGGGGGACACCAGACCGAGAGGCUGGAAUCUAAACCCACCUGCAGGACUCUCCAAUCAGCAGAGGCCUUUACUCAGAUGCCUGGAUUUCCUUCCCUACAGAAGAUGCAGAACCUCUCAUCUCAGACCUGACAAACUCACAGCAGCAAAUACAGAACCAGCAGCUUUCCCAGUGUGAGGCAUGGGGAUGUUUCCCGAUCAGCUGGAGUCCAUCCCCCCGGGGCCUGGGCCUGCCUGCCCAGAGUGUUCGACUGGAGGGCAUCCCUGGGCAGUGGAUGCGGGUUCAAAUGCCGCUGGGGGCGGAGGUUUAAAGUGACAGAGCACUAACCCCUCCAUAAAAACAAUGAGGAGUUUGGGCAAAGCUUUUGUGGGUAAAAAACACUCACUUCUUCUGCUGCCUGGUUGUUUUUGUGGGUCCAGACUAACAGGCUCCCCCUUGAAGUGAGCUGUAGCUCAUGAAAGCUUAUGAUCAAAUAAAUUUGUUAGUCUCUGA